GUUAAACGUGUCUGCAAAGCGGAGAACUUCGACAGAACGUCGACUAGAAGUGUUCACGGCUCGGGUGGCAGCAGCAGCCCCCUCGAAUGGCGGAGGAGCGUCUUGUCGUUUGUGUGUGUGCGUCCCGCCGCACGGGAGACGUCAUGAGAACAGAACACCGCGGCGCGACGCCAGCGCGUCAUUUAGAUACAGUCCGCCCGUACGGCCAGUGAAUGCUUCAUGAAUUAGCCGCGCUUGAGGUGUUUGAGAGUGGGAUGUUUGUUUGUAAACACGCAUUCACCCACAAACAAACAAGCAGUGAAAUGAAGUGUUGAAGGAGAGCGCGGGCUAUGGCAGAGACAGAAGUCACUGUGUCCGUGGAGGACAUGGUGGUGAUGAAGAGCACAGAGGAAGAGGAUGUGGAGCCUGACAACCAAAGCAAGACUCAAAUGAUCCUACAGCUGCAGCCCAUCACAGCUGGGCUUGGAGAUGAAAGCAGUGAGACAGAUGCUGCAGUUGUGGCAGUGGAGACACAAGAUGAGGCAUCUGCUGAAGGAGAGGAUUUGGAGCUUGGUUAUCCCAUUACAUGCGGCGAGAGUAAAGCCAUCCUUCUAUUCAAGAAGUUUGUCUGCCCAGGAAUCAAUGUCAAAUGUGUGAAGUAUGAGGACCAGUUGAUUAGUCCAAAGCAGUUUGUGCACAUGUCGGGUAAAGCCACUUUGAAGGACUGGAAGCGAGCGAUCCGAAUGGGUGGGGUUAUGCUCAGGAAGAUGAUGGACUCGGGUCAGCUGGAUUUCUAUCAGCACAGCACUCUCUGCACAAACACCUGCCGCAGCACCAAGUUUGACCUGCUGAUCAACAACACACGCUUCCCACCGGAUGGCAGUGGGCUCAACACACCCACCACAGCUCAGGGGCAUGUUUCUGUGGGUAACGGAGGUCAGAUGGCCACAGUAGAGGAGAAGAAAGAAGAUGUGAUUGGUACUAUGGAGUGGAGCCCAGCCACCGUAGAAGCCUCAGAGAAACGAGACACAACUGAUAUCUCAGAUGAGACGCUGAGUUUCUGGAGGGGUAUCGCUGAGGUGGGGAUGAUGGGGGAGGUGGUGCCUAAUAUUCGCUCAGAGCUGUUGGGUCUGCUGAGAGGAGUUCAGCUACGCACUGAUCAGAGCUCUCUACAGGACGCAGAGAUUGCGGUUUUGAGCAACCUGGCACAAGUCUUUAACCUGCUGGACUCCAUCAAACAAAUUGUGAAUGUUCGAAGGCAAAUGACGGACCCAGAGCAGACACAGGUCCUCCGAACACUGUCAACAUUGGAACAGCAGGUAGAAGAACAGAAGAGGCAGCAGUCCCUUAGCUGGUCGUCUCAAUCACAGGUCCUCAGCAGUCUGGUUCUCCCCUCCACCCCUCCAGCCAAACGUGCUCCCAAACGGCCCCGCCUCCAGCGGCCCGCCUCCACCACCGUGCUUGGCACAUCCAUAGCCCAGCCUAUCACCCUCCAGCCACAGCAGUUCACUGUCAUUUCCCCCAUCACCCUUUCAUCCAUCGGCCAUUCGUUUACAGUGGCCGGCCUCAAUCAGUCAUCUAACACGGUCACCCUACAUGCUCUACCCGCAGGCUCGCAGCUCUUCACGCGAAUCGCUGGAGGUUCUGAUGGAAAAGCCGAAGCCAUUGCCCUCCAUCCCGCAUCUGGUCUCACGUUGCUGGGCGCCACAGCCAUGCAGGACCACGCACAGCUCGGGACAGUCAUGAGUCCCGUCGAGCUUGUCCAGUUGACGCAGAAGGUGACUACUGCUGGUGUAGCCCAAGACGGUCAGGUGGUCGCAGGUACGGUUGUGAUGCAAGACGGCGUCGUCAGUGUCAUGCAGGAGGACGAGAACCAGGAUAACACCACCUUGAUUGAGAUAGACCCGGCAACCGCUGACCACAGCGUGAGUGUCAUGGAACUGCAACUUGAGGGAGACGAAGCGGGGGGUGGUGCGACCGUAGUGGAAGACGGCGAGGAGGUGGUGCAAGGCGAAACGGAGGAGACAGGGGAGAUACAGCUGGAUGCCAAUGGUCAAUUCCACAAUUUGCCCGUUGUAGUGGUGGAGGAAGAGACACAGGACGCCGGCAAAGCCAAGUGAGACACCAACACGCUCACACAAACCGCCCUCAGAGACUGACGGACCGAAUCAGACAGGGACGGGGAUUGUGUCGCCCCAGGUGGAGUGUGUGUUUGCCCUUCCAGCUGUCUUGUUUUUUCAUUACUCACUUCCUGCACAGCCAAGCUCAGCUCUUCAAGCCUGCCGUGUCACGUAUUUGUAAAAGCAAAUUCAGUAUUCCUUUUUUACAUGUGAAAAGCAACAAUUUAUGAUGUUUUGUUGGAACACAUUCAGUAUUUGCUUUUUGUUUUUAAGUGUGGAAGUUUAGGCACUUACUUUUCAUUUUCCCUUUGUUUUGGUGCCAAAAUGUCACGUAGUAGCCAUGUCCAGAUUUCAAGUUCAUGACUCUCCGAUCUGAAGGUGAAGACUGAUAUUUAAGACACUCCCAUAAUAAGAAUUUACACUGUCGGUGUCUUUGUGUGUUUUCUGACAUCAGGGUAAAUGGCACUAAUGCAGAGGUCUUCAACUCCACUGCCCUGCAAAGUUUAUACAAACUGCAUCAGCUUGUGAUUUUCAAGCGAUCCUGAAGAUCUUGAUUAGCUGAUUCAGGUUUGUUUGAUUUGGGUUGGAGCUAAACUCUGUAGGACAGUGGGUCCCCAGGAGCAGGGCUGAAGACCUCUGCACUAAUGUUGGUGAUAUUUUAAGGCCAGUGGUUCUCAACUAUGGUCCUGGGGACUCACAGCACUCCCUUAUGUGACAGACAGUGUUCAGUUCAUGCAGCUCUCUGCUAAUGAUCUGAUGAUCUGAAUCACGUGUGUAAAUAAGGGAGACAAAUGAGCAGUGCUUUGGGUUCCCAGGCUCAGGGUUGAGAACCACGCUGUUAGCACCUACAAUGAAAGAUGUGUUAAGAAUGUUUGUGAAUGGAUCAUGCGUGUCCUUCACUGAAAAUAAAAUAGAUAUUCCUUUCCCUAUGAGUUAUAUUGUAAAUGAUUGUAGAAUGCGGGAUUGUGCAUUUAAAAGUCUGUUACAGUUUCAGAGUUAUGUUUUGAACAAAAGUAAGCAAAAAUACUUGAUUUGGUAAGUGCACUGUAAUUAAAUUUUGCAAAACAAGUUAAUUUAUUAUAUUUAAACACAGUUCAUGCAAAAUUUCAAAUUAUUAUUUACUCACCCUCAUGUCGUUCUAAACUCAGACGAAUGGAGAUGUUUAGCAGAAUGUUCACACUUAUGCAGUUCAGUCAAAUUAUUUUGCUGCUUGUUUGAACUAAUUAAAAUGAGGUAAUAUCGCAA